UACUCACUGACUCCAUAGCAACCGAGACAGAGACAGAGAGAGGAGACUCCGGGGGCUCCCAAUAUCGGGAUAAUGGCGGAUGAAAAAGCUGCAAGUCUUAGCCCCUGCCUAUUGCACAACUGGGUGGAAGAGAGAGCUACCGCCUCCCUGGAUAGCUCACCUCCAGGAGCCAAACUGUCAGAUGGGCAUGUUUUCAGACACGGACAUCGGGGGAUUAUCAGCACGUUACUGGAGGCUCACAUUGCAGACUCUACAACCAACAAAGACUCCUACAGGGCACCAAGCACACAUCACAUGAGGCUCAUGGGUCCAAGAGAAGAAAUGCUCCAAAAAUACCUUUUUCAGAAGUUCAGUCAGGGGGUUUUAGAGGCCAUCAAUGUUCCAUCAGAGGAUCUGAAUAUAAAGGAAUCCACUACAAAGCGAGACUACAAAGUUGAUGGCUUUACAUCCAGGCCGCCCGCCUCCAACAAGAGUCACGACUACCGCACCGAACAAGCAGUUACCUUCUGGACUGAGAAACUCCACAGAAUCCCAGGAGUGUCAGACAUAAAAAUGAGGGACACUCCGUUCAAGAAGACCUCCAUGUUCUCCACACCGAUAACCCAAUAUCUGGAUCAGCCUUUACCCCAUAGCCUGCAGAACUACCCCAACAUGUGACGGCUCCAGAAACUUUAGAGCAUUUGUAAUUGUAAAGACCCCUCUCGUCAUACUGAACCCCACUGUCCAGUGCAAACCCCUCACCAGAUUCUUUGAUGGUAAACAUAACGUUCACGAACUGGAGAAAUUGCUGUACAUAUGAAUAAAAUAAGAAGGUUUACACUCCGA